GGUCGGGUAUGCGAGUGGGGUAUAUAAGAGGCUGCCGCUCCAGAGACUACACCACUUGUAUACUGUAUACAAUAAGCAUAAGCAUGAAGACUGUCGGUAUCGCUCUCGGCCUACUGGCCCUCCUCAUGGCCGUAGAAGGUUCCAAAAUUGUUGAUCUUGCCAAAAAACAUGGAGGAUCAGAAGAGCAAUCUUCCUGUUAUGCAUGCCCUCUUGGAUUGCUCAGAUUUCUUGGCGAAGCAUCCGAUCUGAUCAAACAAUUUGUGAAGAACAUGGCCGAAAUAAAAUCCGAGAUUGAGGGCUUUGGUGGACUGCAAGGCUUCGAAGAUUACGUCUUGGGUGAUGAGUCUGCACUGAUGUAUUUUUUGAUGGUUGAAGGUGAAUCCGAGGAAUCUGAUGCUACUCCCACCAGCAAUCCGAACACUAAAUCUGGCAGCGCGAAACGCUCAAUGAAAGAGAUGUUGGCGCUACUGGAGAAGUUUACCAACAAGAAAUAAACAGACUACAAAGUUCCUCGACCUCGGAUGACCCCUGACCCUACGCACGCCCAUCAAUAAAAGGACUCGAUUCGCAUAUAAUGCUCUUAUAUUACUAAUCGCCUAGAUAAGAAAACAGCUUGAAAAAUACUAUGGACAUUACAAAAAUAAUAAUAAUAUUAAUAAUAAUCUCUGCCAUAUCAUGCACUUUUAUCAUUUAAGAAAACUUUCCCUUAACUUCUGUUGAAAUAAAAUUUACCAAAUUUCUUAAAA